GAGCAAACGAUGACGACUAGUUCCUCUUCCUUGACCUCCGCUGACACUCAGCGAUUACCGACAGGGCCAGGAGACUCUACAAAUUGCUCAACGUCUUCUCAGGAGGAUGGUACCAGUAGGGAUCUUUCUCAUGCCACUAAUUACGAAUUUCCUAUCAAGCACAGGAGAGCCGACGAAGCAGAUGAUAAAUCAUCAACUUCAGACCUGUUGUCAUCAUGUGCGUACUUGCCUUUUGUUGACAAUAUCUCAUGUUCAAGUCAAGACAAUUCAAAUUCCGGUCAUACCUUAGGAUCAACCCAGUGUCAAACUCAAGCAACCCCCCUGGAACAGUCCUACCUUACGACGUGCUGUAAAGGACAUUCCCAAGCAAUGAGCACUUCUUGUGCAUCAGGGACCUCGACAAAUACCCAAACACGUGCCCCCUCGACUUCUACUGUAGUACAGAAUGGACCCGACAAUAAUACCAGUCAACAAGAAACUGUUUACGGCGACUACCCUAUGGCCUUGGUGGUUCUUUCCGGUAACCAUGAUGAUUCUCGCAAGGAUGUUGAACAAUGUUUCCCUGGAAAGACGAUAGCGUCGGUGGACGACUGGAAACUCCUUAAAAAGAACUGGCAUUUGUUUACAGCCAUUCUGAUCGACGUAGGGAAACCAACAACUCCUGAUGGAAAUCAGAAGGUGGAAGGAGCUGUGUCGGCUUGUCUGAAAAACAUGUAUGAGAAAAUGAAUGUAGCGCUUUUGAUGCCCAUUCCUGCAGCCCCCCUGUCAGCCUUCGAGAGUAGAGUCUAUCAGCUAGCUCAGUCUCACAGACUCCGCAACUUUCAAUACAGUCGUGAAUCAGGCGGGCGGUUAAUUUUUGAUGACGGCACAAAAAACCGAAUGGUUCAUUGGCUUGGUGAAUGUUCCGAUAGAUAUGCAUCCUUCUUGGAAUCGAGCCCUGAUGGCUUAGGGAGAAGAAUAAUUGGUGCCAUUUCAUCAGCAUUCGGUGGAUCAAGAAAAUGAGACAAUAGUGCCUAUGUAAAGGGAUGAUGAAUUUCUCAGUAAACAGGUAGAUGAGAAGAGUUAGAACAAGCAUUAUGGUAUUGGUAAUCGGAGCACUAUGAAUAUUUAAUACACAUGUAAUAUGCAGGCACCAAUUAAAAACCAAAAUACAAUUUUGUUGAUUGUAGUACAUUAUAAUGCCAUGGGCGGUUAAAAAAUUAAUAUAGGCGGGGUUCAUGGAUUAUAUUAAGGGGCUUCUGUUGCGAGCAAUGGAUGAACCAUUUGUCCUGAUCGUGGGAUGCGAGGAAUUGAUCGAGAGGGGUAUUUAUAAGGGAAUACCCCUCACAAGGAGGGGUUUGCAGAACUUUGCACACUAUCGACGCCCAUGCAUAGAAUUUUGAUCCAUUUGAAUAUAUUUUCAAGAAUUAACGUCACCCCAUGCACCCAUUUGAAUUGGCGACCCUUGAAUUUAUGUUUAUAAUAUUUGUCUCCGUGAAUGUGAAGUGCCCCAGGACUCACUUCUCUGGCCUCUUUUGUUUAUUUUGUAUAUUAAUGAUUUUCAAAAUUCAUCUGUUUUAUCCUUUAUAUUAUUUCCAGAUGACACGAAUAUU